AUGAAAAGGCGAGGUGGAAGCAAGCCUCGUAAUUCUUAUAGGCUGAAGGAAGUGACAUACCGUGCAAGUGUCCAAAAUCUACGAGGAGUACGUUGUCACGGUAUGAUGGACAUGAGUAUCUCAAGCCCACUAUUUCCGAGCAACGGACUAAACGAGUUUUGUUUGUUGAGUCGUAGCCACCAAACUUCUUGUCUUGGCAGCUCAAAGUUGGAACGCCUUCCCUUCAAACCGUUGGACGUCUUGCGACGACACCAUGGUAUAGCGUAG